AUGGCUCCCGGUAACAGGAAGACGUCCACUACGGCGGAGGUGGUCCUUGUUCCACUCAAGAAUUGUCUUGCUAACUUGCCGCCGUCGCUGGUGACAUUGUUGGUGAACGCGAAUACGCCUGCCCAAAACGUCGUUGUCGAGCUUCAAUACCGCCCCGCAUCCAGCACAUCGACUGCGAGCCAGCUGCAAAGAUGCGCAUACGUGGGUUGGACAGGUAUGCCAAGUAAGCGAAGGUUUGCUCCCGUAGUCAGCAAAGAUGGAAUAAGUGGUGUUAGGGACUUCUCGAGGGAGCAGGAGAUCCCGACUGUUGAAAUCGAUUCCACUUUCGGGAGAGUUUUGGGCUUGAGUGACGGUCAAAGGGUCGGCUUGCUGUUGCAUCUUGACCCUUUAGUGGCGCAUACUGUUAAUAUUGAACCUUUAACACCAGCUGAUUGGGAGAUUAUUGAACUGCAUGCUACAUUCCUAGAGCUUAAUCUCUUGUCUCAAAUUCGGGCUCUUCCAAAUCCGGCGUACAGUGGUACAACAGUUGGGCAGAUAUCGCAUUCCCAUCCCCUCACAUUACACCUAUCACCCACCUCCACGGCCAACAUCACAAUCACAUCUCUGACACCUCCUGCACCUGCGAACUCUCCAUUUGCAAAAAUCGCACAAGAUGCUGAAGUUGUAGUUGCUCCAAAAGUUCGCCCAAAGUCCAGCGGGCAUUCACGCAGCGAGAAUAGAAGCACCACUAGUACUGGUUGGAAAAGCGUAAGCGGUCGUAGUAGUGGGAGCACUGUCCGCCCGAAAAGCAACCAUUCUGAUUCAGCGUUGCACGGUGCAGUCUAUCUUCGAAGCGUGGAUCGGCGCCACACGCAGGAUUGGUUCGACGAGGAUUCGGAUACCCAGAAAAACGAAGGGUUUAGGAUAUGGAUUGAUCGAGGGAUCCUUGAGAAAAAUGAGCUCCGGGGAACAGUAUGGGCAUGCGUUUCAAUUGUUACCCCGGCCGGAUUACUUCCACCUGUUGAUCCACAACAGCAGCUGCAGAAAAAAGAGCAGGAGUCUUCCGAUGCCGGAAAGCCUUCGAAGAAAAUUGUUGCCAGAGUUCUAACUUGGGAUGAGAGUCCUGAUUGUCAACAUGUCGCUCUUUCAUCCCAUCUCUGCUCCGCACUUGGAUCCGAUGGAAUGGUUGGAGGAAUUGUCCGUGUUGAGGCUGCUCCACCUCAAAUUCCACACUCUUCGGUAAAAUCCAUUAAAAUUUUUCCUUUCGCCUCCAGCUUUUCUAACAAGAAAGAUGGGUUAAAAUUCGGUGGUGAUUCCUCUGCUUAUCGGGAUUCGUUGAGUGAACGUAUCAAGCUCUUGUAUGGCAGUCCGGGAUCCGAUUCAGGUAUGUUAUCGGGCGCUAUAACUGAUGGAAUGAUUUUACCCAAGCUUGAAAACCAAGCUGCCUCCUUAGAACUUGAAGGGGGGAUUGUUCGCUUCGACCCGCCUUUAAAUCCAUCAUCAGAGACCAAUAAGGUAGCAUUUGGCUGGCUUCUCGGCUCGGAAUGCAAAAUAGAUCUUGAUAUCCAACCAGAGAUAACAAAACCGCAGGACAGUGUCCCGUCCUUCGCUCCAUCGACUGACCCGAUCCCGGAUGACGCACCUGAUUUGGUGGGAAUAGACACAGUUAUCGAAAAUUGCCUCUCAAAUCUUACUCGAUCGUCCUCGAUCCUUCUCACCGGUGGAUUAGGUGCUGGCAAAACAUCCUUGUGUCAGUUGUUAGCCCACAAUUUACGCGAGGAUUACCUUUUUAACGUGUCUUUCUUCUCUUGCCGCAAGCUGGUGACGCACGAAACACGCAUCUCUACAAUUAAGGAAACGUUCCAUCGGCUCUUCCUGUCAGCGUCUUGGUGUGCGCGACAGGGUGGCCAGUCUCUUGUGAUUUUGGAUGACCUGGACCGUCUCUGCCCGGUAGAAACAGAACUUCAGGUUGGCGGUGAGAAUGGAAGGAGUCGCCAAAUUAGCGAGAUUGUCUGUUUAACUGUACGAGAAUUUUGUUCAGCCAACUCCUCUGUCGUGUUACUUGCAACGGCACAGGCGAAGGAGUCACUCAACAAUGUUAUUGUUGGAGGUCAUGUCGUUCGGGAAAUCAUUAGUUUGAAGGCGCCAAACAAGGAUGGAAGAAGAAUGGUUCUUGAAAAAUUAACAGCAGCAGAUGGACCAGUUACAAGAUUCCAGAAUGUGGUCAAUGGCCAUUUAAGAAACCAAAGUUCAUCCACUCAAGACUCUUGGCUCGAACCAUCAGAUCCCGGCAGCCGACCUGGUUCAUCGGGACAGUCUGAUGGUUUUAUCCUUAGCCGAGACCUGGAUUUCCUUGACUUAGCUGGGAAGACAGACGGAUACAUGCCCGGUGACCUCGUUCUGCUAACCGCUCGCGCCAGAAAUGAAGCCUUGAUCCGUUCAGUUCAAGAUACAUCAUCCACUUCCUGUGCAAUCACACUAGGCACGCAAGAUUUCUCCCACGCACUCAAGGGCUUCACACCUGCUUCUCUCCGUAACGUGACCCUGACAUCCUCCUCAACCACUUUUGCGUCAAUUGGUGGUCUUCAUGAAACCAGAAAAACUCUCCUUGAAACCCUGCAAUAUCCCACCACAUAUGCCCCAAUAUUCGCUCAGUGUCCACUCCGUCUACGUUCCGGCCUUUUGCUAUAUGGGUUCCCAGGCUGCGGAAAAACCCUUCUUGCAAGUGCGGUGGCAGGGGAAUGCGGGCUCAAUUUCAUCAGUGUAAAGGGUCCCGAGAUCCUCAACAAAUAUAUUGGUGCAAGUGAAAAGAGUGUCCGCGACUUGUUUGAGAGAGCAGAGGCUGCUAGGCCCUGUAUCCUGUUCUUUGACGAAUUUGAUAGUAUCGCGCCAAAACGGGGACAUGACUCUACCGGAGUUACCGACAGAGUGGUCAAUCAGCUUCUUACUCAGAUGGACGGGGCGGAGGGUCUUUCAGGUGUAUACGUCCUAGCGGCUACAUCUCGACCGGACCUUAUCGAUCCAGCGUUGCUCCGCCCCGGACGCCUCGAUAAGUCGCUUCUGUGUGACAUGCCCUCGCACUCGGACCGAGCGGAUAUCAUCCAGGCGUUGAGUAAGCAACUCAAGCUUAGCGAGGAAGUAAUCGCGCGUGUCGACGAAAUUGCAGAUCGGACUAAAGGAUACUCUGGCGCCGACCUGCAGGCGGUUGUUUACAACGCACACCUCGAAGCAAUCCACGACGCGCUAGGUGACCGAUCUUCUAACUCCAAUAACCCCCAAAAUAGGCCAAAACGACCAGCAAUCACAAAUGGAGUCAUCCCAGUUGUCAAUGGCAAUAUCAAGGCCAGCACAGAAAAGAUCGCCAAGAAACCCUUCAUACAAUUUCUCUACUCAUCAGAUGAACAUGCUACAGCUGUAGUUUCUCGAACACGUUUAAUAGAAGGAUCCGCAUCAUCUCUACCACCUCCCGCUGUCGUUGCUGCGAAACUCGACGCAAUUAAACAAGCCCGUAAACGCCAGCGCCAAUGUCAACAAGAACUAGAGGCAUCAGAUCAGUUAGUUAAUGCUGCUUCUCUCGGUGCCAAUGGCGCCACUGCUGCGGAUAAAGAUGCAAGUGACGACAUCUAUAUCUGCUGGACCCACAUGGAACGAUCCCUCGCAACCACUCGUUGUUCCAUUAGCGACGUAGAGCGCAACCGCCUCGAAGCUAUUUACAAAGAAUUUAUUGUUGGGAGGAACGGGGAGAUGCCUACCGGUGAGGGCGGGCGGGAGAUUGGAGGAAGGACGAGUUUGAUGUGA